ACCAUAUAUCCUUAUUAGUUAGUCUGGGAUAUUCCCACACUACCUGGUGUGGCCUGACUAGUAAACAUUCAAAACACAUGUUAUGAAAUUUACUAAACGCCACAGCCUGACAUGCCCUUAAAUAAAGAAGGUAGUGCGAUUUGGACAUUUGGCUUCUGCAACAGUGAGCAAGCAAAAAAUGGCGCAACAUGUUAGGUCCCACCUCCACCUCCACCCCCACUCUCAUCCGGCAUCAACAUUCUUCUUGACAAGCACAACUCCAUCAACUCAGUCAACUUCUCUCUCUCCGUGCUGUUUCACCUUCCCAUUCUUAUCAUCUCCAUCAUCGAUUUCCAUCUCACGUUCGCGUUCAUCUCCCUCGUCGAUUCCGUUAAGGCACGAGGAAGGACGGUUACAGGAUGACGUUCCUGUUUCGUCUCUUCAUCUUCAACCAAUCGGCAGCGAGGACCACUUCGAUCGAGUUGUAGCGGAGGCUCAACAUCAACAACACGUUCUCCUUAUUGUUUGGAUGGCAAGUUGGUGCAGAAAAUGUAUAUAUCUAAAACCGAAAUUAGAAAAGUUGGCGGUAGACUAUUAUCCAAGAUUGCAAUUCUACAGUGUAGAUGUAAAUGCAGUUUCACACAAACUUGUUGCUCAUGCUGGUGUGACUAAAAUGCCAACCAUACAACUAUGGAAAGAUAGCAAGAAACAAGCUGAAGUCGUUGGUGGAAAUAAAGCAUAUUUGGUAAUAAAUGAGGUUCGGGAGAUGAUUGAGAAUGAGUGCACUGUCUGAGUUUUUAGCGCAACUGACAUUUUGAGAUUUUUUUAUACCAGUUAAUAAUGGUUUUAAGUAAUUUUUCACCAGUCAAAUGUAUAUGAUUUUUUCAUGGUCCAAGGUUAUUAAAUGUUAAUGUAAAACUAUUUUCAUAAUCCAAGUUUUUCCAAUGUUAA